CAAGACAACCGCAACUACUAAAAACCGAGACACACACAACACGCGCACAGUAACGCAGGGGACGAGCAAAGCAAAGGCCGGAGCUAGGGUUUCCUCGAUCCGUCGCGCGAUAAAGGCGGACCCCAAGCUCGCCGCUCGCGUGGGAGGGUGCUCGCCCCGUGGGCGCGGGUUCCUGGCGUGUUUCGCGGCCGACUUCUAUGCUGGCGUGGGGCGGCGGGACUCAGAUCUGAGAUGGCCGACGGCGGCGAGGAGGGGAAUGUGGCGGCUCCCAGGGGCUUCGCGCGGCGGCGUGGGCCGGUGCGGGCCAGCCUCGACGCAGACGAGUUAAUGGCCCUGAUGCACGGGUCGGAUCCCGUCAGGGUCGAGCUCACCCGCCUCGAGAACGAGCUGAGAGAUAAGGAGAGGGAGCUGGGGGAGGCACAUACAGAGAUACGCGCUCUGCGGCUGUCGGAGAGGGCGCGCGAGAAGGCAGUGGAGGAGUUUAGAGAGGAGUGGGAGAAGAUGGAUGAGAAGCUCAAGUUGACAGAGUCACAUCUAGAAAACAAAAAUCUGGAAGUCAAGAAGAUAAAUGAUGAGAAAAAGGCUGCAAUGGCUGCUCAGUUUGCGGCAGAAGCUACUUUGCGAAGAGUACAUGCAGCCCAAAAGGAUGAUGACAUGCCACCAAUUGAAGCCAUUCUUGCACCACUUGAAGCAGAGCUAAAGCUAUCUCGGCAAGAGAUCACAAAGCUACAGGAUGACAAUAGAGCCUUAGAUCGUCUAACAAAACAAAAAGAAGCAGCACUACUUGAAGCUGAACGAACUGUGGAAAUCGCGAUGGCAAAAGCUGCUAUGGUUGAUGAUUUGCAAAACAAGAACCAAGAUUUGAUGAAACAAAUUGAGAUCUGUCAUGAAGAAAAUAAGAUCUUGGACAAGUUGCAUCGCCAAAAGGUUGCAGAAGUUGAAAAGCUUAGUCAAACUGUGAGAGAGCUAGAAGAGGCUGUUCUUAAAGGUGGUGCAGCUGCAAAUGCUGUUAGAGAUUACCAGCGCAAAGUGCAGGAAAUGAAUGAUGAAAGAAAAACACUUGACCGCGAACUUGCUCGUGCAAAAGUUACAGCAAAUAGGGUUGCUGUUGUGGUUGCAAAUGAGUGGAAAGAUUCUAAUGACAAAGUGAUGCCAGUUAAACAGUGGCUUGAAGAGCGCAGGUUCUUGCAGGGUGAAAUGCAACAACUUCGAGAUAAGCUUGCGGUUGCGGAGCGCACAGCCCGAUCUGAAGCUCAAUUGAAGGAAAAAUAUCAGUUACGCCUGAAAGUUCUGGAAGAUGGGCUGCGAGGGCCACCAAGUGGUUCUAGUCGACCACCCAUGGAGGGAAAGAGUUUCAGCAAUGGUCCUUCCCGUCGGUUAUCACUUGGCGGAGCUGAUAAUAUGUCUAAGUUGUCCCCAAAUGGUUUAUUAACAAGGAGAUCUCCAUCUUUCCAUUCAAGAUCCUCUCUUUCUUCCAGCAGCAGCUUGGUCCUAAAACACGCUAAAGGAACUUCAAAGUCAUUUGAUGGUGGAACUAGGUCACUAGACAGGGGGAAGAUCCAUGGGAAUGGAUCACAUUUACUUAAUAGAUCGACAGAUGCUGUUAGAGAUCAAGAAGCUAAUGAUACUUGGAAAGGAACUGUGGAUGAGAGUACUAAUGGAAGUGCCAAUAGCAAUGCAGACGAGACAAGUAAUGGAACCAUGAAUAGCAAUUCAGCUGAAAUGGUAUCUGGUUUCCUGUAUAAUAUGUUGCAGAAGGAAGUAAUUUCCUUGAGGAAGGCCUGCCAUGAGAAAGAUCAAAGCCUAAAGGACAAAGAUGAUGCCAUUGAGAUGUUAGCGAAGAAAGUCGAUACCUUAACCAAAGCAAUGGAAGUGGAGGCUAAAAAGAUGAGGCGAGAGGUUGCUGCCAUGGAGAAAGAAGUUGCAGCUAUGCGUGUCGAUAAGGACCAAGAAAUCAAAGCCAGGCGGCUUGGUAAUUCAAAAGGGCCUGGGAGUUCUCAGCUGCUUCCUGGAAGAAACGCACCACGAAGCGGGCUGAUGCGCAGCUUCCAAUGACGGCAGCACUAACAUGAGACGGCAUUCGUCGAUAGAGACCAUUCCACUCUGUAUUUGUUCCAUUCCGUUCUUCCGUAUUAGAUUUUGUGGUUGACUGGUUGGGAUGAUAGCACAGAUGAGAUAACCCUGGCGAUACCUUAGUCGGGGAAAAGAGUAGGCUCGGAUCUGACGUGUUUGCUGCUCUGCCGUGGCGGAGGUGGCCCUGAGGCGAGGUCUAACCCCCUAGGCUUGCCUUCUCGUUUUGUUGAUGCACCUGUAUAGGCUGGGCGGUCUCUACGUCCUCCCCCCAUCUGUAAUGUAGCUAGCGUGUUUGUUUGGUUCCGCUGCCCAGGUUGUGAAUAUUGUUUAUUCUCACAUGAUUUAUUCGUGUUUGGGUUGGAAUUCCGUUGCACUACUUGUCAUUGGGAUGUUGAAACGCAUACUGUAUGCCUAGCUGGGUUUUUAGGA